AUGUGGAAUUUGUUAAAUUGCCCUGCAUGCCAGCCACACAGUCAGAGUUUAGGGCUCCAUCCUCCCUAUUCUAUUGCUAGUCAGGCACAUGAUGUUCAUCUGUGGACACAGGGACUGCCGUCCUCAAGACACAGCGGGGAGCUGGCUACUGUGCAGUCUGGCAUUCUAUGGCAUCCUAAGGAGGCUCCUGUCAGUGCCCUGUGUGCACCACCUGGUGGGCCGCAGUGUGGCAAAGGGCUGUUCACCAAAGCUCUCCCUAAACUCCUUGCAAGAAAUGGAAAACUUCCACAGUCACGGAAGGAGUUUAAAACUACCUUGGGCAUAAAGACUGUUCCAAUAUUUGUGAGACAUGUGUCCGCUUCUGCCUUGGGGUCUGAGAAAAAGCCUGUGGACAUUAUCCUUAUCCACUUGCCAUUUUCUAAUAUGAUUAUUAUUUGUACUACAGGGAUCAUAGAUACGACGACUGUGUUUUAUUUCAGAAACUUCCUCGGAGAUAUUGACUGUAAAGCUGUGGUUUAUCUGGCAAGGAUGGCACGAGGCUUUUCCAUCUGUACCACCUGUCUCCUCAGUGUGGUCCAGGCUGUCACCAUCAGUCCCAGGACCACCCUUUGGACAAAGCCAAAACCACAGACCUCAUGGCAUGUUCUUCCCUUUCUCCUCUUCUUCUGGAUGGUUAAUGUUCAUAUAAGCUCCAAUUUACUCUGCUACAUCAAAGCAGGCAGUGACUUGAACAGGUCUCUACCUGGAACAAACAUUGGCCAUUGCUAUAUGCUGCCAUCAAGACAUAAAAUCAAGUGGCUUUUCUUCUCCCUCAUGGCACUUCGAGAUGUCAUCUUUCAGAGUCUGAUGGGCUGGAGCAGCCAGUCUAUGGCUCUCCAUCUGUAUGAGCAUCACAAGCACGUCUUCUACCUUCACAGCUCCAGGUGUGCACACAAUUACCCUCCAGAAAUCAAAGCUACCUGGAGUGUGCUCAUUCUAAUGACCUGCUUCCUUUUCUUCUAUUGGGUAGAUUUCAUUCUCUCCUUCUACAUCAGUUUCACAGUGACACAUGAUUCUACUUUACUAAAUAUUAAGACAUUUUUUAGAACUUGGUAUACUGGUUUUAGUCACUAUGUUCUGAUCAGCAGAGACAUCCAUGUUCCUAAUGUCUUGCACACUCACUGA